GUCACACUCCUGGCAUUUGUCAACGGCAUAGCCGCGGUCACACUGGUGGCAAAAAAAAAACGGAAUCAUAUCGCGGAAAAAAAAACGCGACCAGCCGCAUUUUAUAAAUUAAGUCCGAUUUAGCACCGAUUUUAAGCCGUUUAGAAACUUAGAGAAGUUUGUGCAAAGGAGAACGUGAGAAAAGAAAGGAAAAAAGAAGAAAAAGGCAUACAUACAUACGCACGUACACACGUCUCGCUGCGAAGGAAUAUAUGUAUCCGUCUGAGGGUGUGUGUGUUUGUGUGUGCUGCAGCUUCUAGGCGAGAAGGAGAGAGCGAUAGAUUCCCGACUCGCGACUUUUGGAGCGUCCCGAGAGUAAGCGAGAGAGCGAAAGCCAUGGACGGCGUUUGGAUGUUUUUGGGGAACAAAGGCGUCAAGAGCUAAAAUGAUUUGCCACAGCAAGUGUGAUAUAUUUCGGAUAAGCAGCAAAAGCCAAGCCAUCCAAAACCAAUUCCAAUUCCAGUCCAGUGUGUCGCCGUGUGUAUGUGUAUGUCUCGACAAAAAGCCGUGGAAAAAGACGCACGUACACACGCACACAGAAGCAGACAAAGCAUCGUUUUGCGAGUGCGAGCGAGAGGCAAGAGCGCCUUAGUGAAUAAUUCAUUUAAGACUGUCCUGCAGAAUGGUCGUCGGCUCGAAUCACACGCGGCGCGGUGAAACUGGCAGCAGAUUUACAAAUAGCAGCAGCUCCAGUGGCUCAAACGGUGACUCCACCGCUUCGGCCAGCAGCACCACCAGCGCGACGUCUUCACUAGCCACUAAUUCUUCGACGACGGCGGCGGCGGCAGCUCUGUUGUCGUCCAUGUCAAAGGGCCAUGGCCCGCCGCCAUCCGCACCGCCAUCUGCGCACCACCAGACGUCGAAUCAGCAGCAGCACCACCACCCACAUGCCCACUACCAGCAGGCGAGUCAACAGAACAACCACCACCCCCACCAGUCGCACCACUCCUCGACUGGCAGUGGCAGCGGAGGAGGAGGAGGGGUAGCUGCUGGAUCAGGAUCUGGAUCGGUGGUCAGUGGACUCAAUGGCUGCAACGGCAGCGCCGUCAGCCGCCUGUCCCAAUCCACUGGGAUGUCGCCUCGUGAACUUUCCGAGAACGAUGACCUGGCCACAUCGCUGAUCCUCGAUCCGCAUCUAGGUUUCCAGACCCACAAGAUGAACAUACGCUUCCGCCCGCUGAAGGUGGACACGCAGCAGCUGAAGGCCAUCGUGGAUGACUUUAUCCAUACGCAGAACUACGAUGUGGCCAUUCAGCGCAUCUACGAUGGUCCGUGGAUACCGCGACAUCUCAAGAACAAGAACAAGAUCGCCACGAAGCGGCUCCACGACCAUAUCGUGCGAUACCUGCGCGUCUUCGACAAGGACAGUGGCUUUGCAAUUGAGGCCUGCUACAGAUAUUCACUGGAGGAGCAGCGCGGUGCCAAGAUUAGUUCGACGAAACGCUGGUCAAAGAACGACAAGAUCGAAUGCCUGGUGGGCUGCAUUGCUGAGCUGACGGAGGCGGAGGAGGCCGCCCUGCUGCACUCGGGAAAAAAUGACUUUUCGGUGAUGUAUAGCUGCCGCAAGAACUGCGCCCAAUUGUGGCUGGGCCCGGCUGCCUACAUAAAUCACGAUUGUCGGGCCAAUUGCAAGUUUUUGGCCACCGGCAGGGAUACCGCGUGUGUUAAGGUCCUGCGCGACAUCGAAGUGGGUGAGGAGAUAACCUGUUUCUAUGGCGAGGACUUCUUUGGGGAUUCCAAUCGCUACUGCGAAUGCGAGACGUGCGAACGUCGCGGAACUGGCGCCUUUGCCGGCAAGGACGAUGGCCUGAUGCUGGGUCUCAGCAUGGGACUUGGUUUGGCCACCAGCGGACCUGGUAAUAAUGGUGGCUAUCGCCUGCGGGAGACGGACAAUCGGAUUAAUCGCAUAAAGAGCCGGGCCAACUCCACAAACAGCACCUCGAACAGUAAUAGCAACACAAAUGAUUCCACUGGCACCAGCGAGAGUAGCAGCACGAAUGGAUUGGUGGUUUCAGGAGCAGGAACAACUGGAGCAGCAGGAGCCACUGGAGCAGCAGUGCCUGUACCAACGCAGCCAUCAACUGGCGGCAAGGAGGCCACUGCCGCUGUCUCUCUGCCCGAAAAGAAACUGCCCAACGUUGUGGUUUCCCCGCUGACAAUGAAGGAGCUGCGCCAAAAGGGCAUGACCAAGUACGAUGCCGAGAUGAUAAUGGCUAACGCAGCCUACCAGCAGCAGCACCAUCAUCAGCAUCAUUUCCAUCACCACCAUCAUCAUCAUCACCAUCACCACAAUCAUGGCCAGCACGCAAGUACUGGAGCCGAGGCCACAGCGGCUGUGCAGCAAAUGGCAGCCAUGCAGAAGCCAGGAGGCGGAGGAGGAGGUGGAACAGGACCUGGAGGAAGUGCGGGAGCAACAACAGUGGGCGGCGUGGCCAGCGGAGCGGGCUCCGAGGUUAAUGGCGGUCGUUCCAGCAGUCUGCGCAAAUCAAUGCGGGUCAAUAGCACCAGCAGUAGCAUAUCCACCGCCUCCACGGACGAGGUGGUGGCCCCGGUGGUCGUGGCAAGCAUCCCGCUAUCCAUCAAGGCGCCGGUGGUCCUUGUGCCCCGCUGCAAGCCCGCCCAGUUGGCCAUUGCAGCUCUGCAUCAGCGACAGCAGCAGCAACGCCAGCUGCGACGCAGCGAGCGCCAGAAGGAGAAGCUCACGGACAGCGAGAGCAGCGACACUAGCAGCGAGCAGUUGAAGAGGGAGCAAAAGCACCAGGAUCACCAGUUGCCACCGAAAAUGUUCAUUCUAGCGGAGGAAGCGCAUCCGGAGAAGACGGGGGAUAAGCAACAGGAGCAGCAGCAGCAGCAGCAGGAGAAGCGUGUGACGCGUAAUAGUGCGGGAAGAGCCACUGCCCAUAACAAUAACAUUGCAACCACAACAAACAGCAGCAGCAGCAACAGCAACAAAGCAACAACGAUUACAAAUUGUAAUAAUCAUAAUAGUAAUAAUAGCAGUAGAAUUAAUCAUAAUUCUAAUCUUAGCGGUAGACUUAGUGUUAAAUCGAAGAAGCCAGCACCAAGUGAGGCCUCGUCCACACCCUCAUCCACAUCCACAUCCUCAGAAAAUCAGCAGCAGCAGCAGGCAACGCGUCGCAGUCGCAGCCCGAGUCCCGCCUACAAGAAGAACCUUUUGGCCAGCUUCGAUCCCGAUCCUCCCUCCAACCAAACAGCCAAGCAGCUGCAGGAGCAGAAAAGGGACGAAGGAGGUACUAAUCCACCGGCCAAGCAGAAGCGGAGUCGAAGGGCAGCUGCCUUGGCAGCGGCGCAGAGUAUCCAUUGCGAAGCCUUGGGCGGAUUCUCAUCGGGAUCUACUGGUGGCCAGCGGAAGAGAACACAGCCUCUGGAAGCUGCCACCUCAUCCUCCUCCUCCAGCAGCAUUGGCAAUGUUGAACCCCUGUUAAAGACGCCAGAGCGCAGGCUGAAGCUAACACUACGCAUGAAGCGUUCACCGAUCCUGGACGAAGUUAUUGAACUGGGGACGAGCCUGAGCAAUGGUGGAGCAGGCCGAAGUGCAGCGGCAUCGUCUCAUCGGGGAAAAGGAGAAGGAUCAGAUAGAUCUGCGCUAAAUCUAACCGGCAGCAGUUCCAACGGCAUUGAGUACGAGAUCCUGCGCAUGGAGGGCAUUUCCGAGCAUGGCAACGAUGACGACGACGAAGAGGAGGAGGAGGAAGAAGAGGAUGAAGUCGAGGAGCCAGCUGCCGAAGAAGAAGACGAGCCGCCGCCGAAGGAGGAGCAGCAGCAGCAACUGCCUACCAAGAAGCAGAGGAAGAAGCAGCGCAGCUGGAGCAGGAGCAGCCAACACAGAUCGCCAGCGCCGAGCAGUAGUGGCGUAUAUGGCACUCCGCAGAAAAAGCGACUGCGGCUGAUCUUUGGCAACGAAUCCCACACCAUAGACAUUCCACCAGCAGCAGCAGAGGGAGCGGGAAGCGGCAUGGAUGAGUUGAAUAGCAGUGGCGGCGGUGGCGAUGAGUCCUUCAAUGUGUCGUAUGCCAGCAGCACUAGUUUGACGGUCAAUACCUCCACCAGCAGCACCAGUUCAUCGGGCGGAGGAGGAGGAGGAGAAGGAGCCACCUCCUCCUCGAUCGAGGCAGUGGAUUCCUCCACAGUAGGCCCACCCAUUGCUGCCCAAUCACCCUCAUCCACUACCAGCAGCUCCUUUCAAUCGGCCUGCACAUCGACCACCAACAGCAACAGCUAUUUUCCCAAUGGCAAGCAGCGCUCUGCUGGCGAGGAUUCCUAUGCGAUGCACUACUAUCAGCUAGGAAAAUUCGCUGGCACCUCGAGUCCGGGACAGGGACAGGCCAUUGUGAGCAGCAGCAGUGGGUCGGGAGGAGGAGGGGCUGGAGCUGGAGCUGGGUUCUUGAGCAUGCCGAAGCACACUUUUGGCACCUGCGCUCUUCUGGCGCCCACCAGUUUUGCCAGUCUGCAAAAUCAACCGCAGAUUAGCCAGCAGAGGUCCAGCGGGGGAGGAGUGGUCGCCUCGUCCACGUCGGCAGCCCCAGGCUCCUUGCAUCAUCAUCAUAACAACCAUCAUGGCCAGAAAUAACCAACGACUGAUCUCCAAGCAAAUUGACUAUGCACAGCUGCCAUUGCCAAGAGAAGAGGAGGAACAAGAAGGGGGAUGGGGAGAAGCCAGGACAAGGAUAUGGAUAUGGAGGAGGAGCACCAGGUGAAGAGGAGGAGCAGGAAACGCAACGGUUGGAGAAUAAGGUUUGCUGCGCUGCUGGCGUCGUUGCCUCUGCUGCUGCUGAACCUGUGAAACCGCAACCGAAACCCUGUAGAAACCUUAGUUUUAGAUCUUAGUCCAAGUAGAUUCCUUGAUAUUUCCUUGGUUUUUCAUAUAUUCAGGAAGCAAAAAACAGGCUGACAAAUUUGUUAAAUC